AUGGUUGUUCGCAGACACACCUCUGUAGUUUUGCCCGAGCUUAUCCCUUCAAUUAAGCGAAAAACAUGGCUAAAGCUUUUAGAAGUUACUCUACAAAAUAAUCCGUGCAAUUGGGAUUUGCACUUCGAAGAAAUGCUCAAAAAAGCAAGUGGACGAAUGUACAUUAUGAGAGUUUGCAAAUACUAUGGACUAUCAAUUAAACAAUUAGAUCUGCUGUUUGAUAGCCUAAUUAUGUCGAUAUUCACUUUUGCUAUUGAGCUGGGGGGUUGUGCAUACGACGGUAAAUAUUUGAACCAAAUAGAUAAAUUCAUUAAACGUGCACAUAAGAAUGGUUAUAUAUCAAAACGAACACACAUUAAAGAAAUACGUGAUAAGAGAGAUAAGAAACUGUGGAACAAAAUAACAUCAACUGAGGACAAUGCACUGCUUGAACUGCUGCCGGAAAAAAGAA